AGUCGCUCUCGAAGCAGCGCCCUCCCCGUCGCUCGGACCUUCCUGCUUUUACCUGCUGGGACCCCCCCGCUGCCUGCUGGGGCAUGACAGCGUAGCUGGGCUCAUGCCGGCCCCCGGCGGUGCUGUGGGGCAACCCACGCAGCUGGCCAAUGCUCCAUCGCCUGACCCUCGUCCUGCUGCCUGCUGAGAGGAUACGGCUGAAGGAAGGCUGAGGAUGUGCUAUGGAGCCGAGAUUAAACUGCUCUGACCUAUGCGAUGGCAACUCCAGCUUUGGCAGCCAGGAGCAGCAGCAAAGGACCCUGCAGGAGCUCUGCACUAUAACAGUCACAUCUUCUGACCACAGUGGAAAGAGCUCCCCAUCCUUCUCUGCUGCUCUCUGGGGAGUUGUGUGGACAUUCCUGACGGGAGGAGUCCUGCUAGCCCUCUUCUUUCUUGUCUUCACAAUUCGCUUCAGGAAGAACAGGAUCGUGAAGAUGUCCAGCCCCAAUCUGAACAUUGUGACCUUGCUGGGCAGUGGCUUGACUUACUCUAGCGCUUACCUCUUUGGGAUUCAGGAGCAGAGCCUGCUAUCCGGAGAGUCGGUGGAAAUGCUUAUUCAGGUACGGCUCUGCUUGCUGUGCGUCGGGAGCUCCCUGGUGUUUGGGCCUGUCCUGGCCAAAAGCUGGCGGCUCUACAAAGUGUUCACCCAGCGGGUACCGGACAAGCGGGUGAUUAUCAAAGACCUCCAGUUGCUGGCGAUGGUGGCAGCACUGGUGCUGGCAGACACAGUGUUGCUCUUGACGUGGAUAUUCUCUGAUCCGGUCCAGUGUUUCCGAAGCCUCAGCGUCUCACUGCGGGUGACAGAGAAGGGCAUGACCUGUUCAGUGAACCGGAUGCAGUCCUGCGCCUCUCUUUACUCUGAUCUUUGGCUCAUUCUCAUUUUAGGGUUUAAGAGUAUCCUGUUGCUGUACGGGACGUACUUGGCUGGUCUGACCGACAACGUCAGCUGUCCACCGGUUAACCAGUCCUUGACGCUCAUCGUUGGGGUCAACCUCAUUUUCCUGGCUGCUGGGACUGUCUUCUUAGUUCACCGUUUCUUCCAUGCUUGGCACAACUUGCUGUUUGGUUUCACCUCUGGAGGCAUCUUUGUGUGUACAACGACAAUCAAUUGUUUCAUCUUUGUCCCACAGCUCCAGCAGUGGAAAGCCUUUGAAGAGGAAAACCAAACUGUGAGCCACAUGGCCAAAUAUUUCACCAGCCCCAGCAUGUCUGUACUCUCCACCCAUGCCAGGCUUGACAUAAAAUUUAUUUAUUUGAUGCAGAAAAACGCCGUGAUCGAAAGCCUCCAGGAGCAGGUGAACAACGCCAAAGAGAAGCUGAUGAGGCUGAUGGCCGCAGAGUAUGGCUGCGGUCCCUUGGCCGGGGCAGCUCCGUGUGCUGCCUUCCCCUCCUGGUCCCAGAGUGCAGGGGAGCGUGGUGAGUGGUGCAGCAGUGCCGCGGCAGGCAACGGGGUGCCUCUGGAGCACUGCCCCCCUGAGCAGAACGGGUGGCAAUCUCCCAGCUUACUGAAUGCACAAUGCAACUCAGUGCCUUGUAGCAAACUCGAGUGCAGUGGUGACAUGGAGGACCUCCAGAAACACAUGAGCCACGAGCACGCGCCGCCUGAGGAACUGGCUUGUUCUCAGAUGCUGCUUUUUGAUGUAGGGAAGGACAUCCUUGAGUACAACCCCAAAGGUGCUCAGGAGCGAAAGAUGUCCCCGAGGACCGGGCAUCCUUUGCAGCAGCUGCCAGGCCAGGAGCUCUCAGCUGCUGGCAGGGGAGCAGAGCCCCAGGGAAGUGGUGGGGUGACCAGAGCGCAGUCCUCCAGGGUCAACUAUGUGAGCAGUGAAAAGCUGCAGGAAAUCUUGCAAGAGCUGAGCCUGGAUGGCAAAAUCAACAGCCCGGUGUCACCUCAGGCACCCCUGCGAGGCAGCCAGGGCCCUCCAUGCGAGAGGAAUGGGGCACGGAGAGCCCAGGGAAACUACCUGGACAGGUGCACUCCCCUCAGCCCUGACCUGACGAGGCGAGGAAGGAGGAUCCCUCUGCCUCUCCCUUCUGCUGUCUUCCCUGGGUCCAUGUCUCCUCAUGCUUGGUGUGUUGUGAACAAGGCAGUCAGCAGGAUGCGUGGUGGACUAAGCGCUUGGAGCCAUGAGGAGUCAACGAGUGUCUCUCUGGAGGAAGGAGGUGAUACUGGUGGCAGAAGGCUCCUUUACCAGCUGGUGCCCUCUGCUUCACCUGUUAGCACUGAGCUUUGCCUCCAGCCAGAGGAACGGCAGGACUGGCCUGAACCCCAAAUCCAGGAGGCGAGUGGCGCAGUUUCAGCAGUAUGUCCAGGUGCUGGCCAAGAGCAGGCCUGUGAGGCCUUCCUGCAUCUCCUCCCACCAGAGUGGGAUGCUCCGAGAGAGCCAGCACAGCCUUUCCCGCGCUCACCAUGCUAUUACCCAGACUCUGACUCCAGCAGCAGCUCCGAGGACAUGUUUCACUGCUGCCACCGGCCCUACUGCGAGCUCUGCUUCCAGGGCCCACUCGACUCCCUUGACAGCAGCAGCACGGACACGGACACAGAACCAGGCGGAUUUGCAGGCGACUGGGCAGAGCAUUGCGGCAGGUCUCAGCCCAUAGUGAAUUUCAAAGAAGAUCUGAAACCCACAUUUGUGUGACUGUAACCACCCUACCCCAAAGGCAAGUGCCACCCUCCCCUCCCAAAACGCUGUGUUUUAAGCAUUAAAGAAGAAAUGCAUCCCUUUGAGGGAAGUGUGUUGCGCUGGGAUCUAGGUGUAGGAAAGCAAUCUUGCGCCUCUCUAGGCUGCUGUUUGAGACCCAGCCUUGGUCAGCAGUGACUGCAGAUUGUGUUUGUCCGAUAACAGGUUAGUAGCAGUCUGAGAACAUUGCUGGUGGUUUUGUCCCGGUCACUCCAAACAGCUGCCUGCAUCCCACAGACACCCAGCUGUUCCCAGUCCUGGCUUCAGCUGCCCCAGGCAGGAGACUGAGCAGACCCCAGGCAGGAGACUGAGCAGACCAUAGAGCUGGACUUCCUCUCCAUCUCGGAGGGGACCCUGUGGGUGGUGAGUGAUUCGCACCCAUGGGGAGCAGCACUGCAGCUUGGAAACUUGCAUGGCUUGUUUUCUUGCUGC